AUGUCCGCGCCGCCGCAGGGGCAAGUGCCGACGUUCAAGCUGAUCCUCGUCGGCGACGGCGGGACGGGGAAGACGACGUUCGUGAAGCGACACUUGACGGGGGAGUUUGAGAAGAAGUAUUUGCCGACGGUGGGCGUGAGCGUGCACCCGCUGGAUUUCCACACGAACUGCGGGCCGAUUCGAUUCGAUUGCUGGGACACCGCGGGGCAGGAAAAGUUUGGCGGCCUGCGCGAUGGGUAUUACAUCCACGGGCAGUGCGCGAUCAUCAUGUUCGACGUGACGUCGAGGACGACGUAUAAAAACGUGCCGACGUGGCACCGCGACAUCACGCGCGUGUGCGAGGACAUUCCCAUCGUGUUGUGCGGUAACAAGGUUGACGUGCGCAACCGUCAGGUGCGCGCGAAAUCGAUCACGUUCCACCGUAAGAAGAACUUGCAGUACUACGAGUUGUCGGCGAAGUCCAACUACAACUUUGAAAAGCCGUUCUUGUACCUCGCUCGCAAGUUGAGCGGGAACGCGGCGUUGCAGUUCACCGAAUCCCCGGCGUUGGCGCCGCCGACCGUCCAAGUGGACUUGGCCGAGGUUGCCGCGUACGAAAAGGAGCUCGCCGAUGCGGCGGCGCAGCCGUUGCCGGAUGAGGAUGACGAGUUGCUCGACGCGUAA